AUGGAAAAUCCUGAAACGCAAUCAGCACGUUUACAAUCAAUUAAAGAUUAUGGACAAAUACAUUUCACACAAAAUGAUCGCAAAUCAUGGUAUAUACGUUACCCAUUCGAUCCUCCUCAAGCUGAUGAAUCGGCAUCACAAAAUGAAACUCCUGAGCAGAGAACAAAUCAUACUACCGUAGAAGAACGAAAUCGCCAAUGGAAUUUUUCUGUGAUCCAACAACUGCCUACGAUUCAUACUAUUGUUCCUAUGCGAUCUGUAUCACACAAACCUGCUAAACAUCUGAUUGAAUUGUUACGCGAUAAAUGGGAAUUGCCUCCACCUGAAUUAAUAAUUUCAGUCACAGGUGGUGCAAAAGUCUUUAAUUUACCACAAAGAAGUCGCAUUGCUCUUCAAAAGGGUCUUGUCUCAGCUGCUGUGACGACUGAUGCUUGGGUGUUCACUGGAGGAACGUAUGCUGGAGUUAUGAAGGAUGUCGGUGAUGCAUUCGAAAAAUGGACAUAUAAAACUAGUAGUGUGGAUAGAGGUCAUGUUCAAGUUCCUGUUAUUGGGAUUGCAAGUUGGUAUUAUGCGACAAAUCAUAGACAACUCAUUCAACGACGACGUGUGAAAUUGAGUAGUGUAGGAAGCGCAAUGCCAACAGCGACAUUUAGCACAGUAGCCGAUCGUGAAAAAUUGUAUCUCAAUUGUGUACCACAAGAGAAGCCAGCAUCAUAUCCUCUUGAUCCAAAUCAUACUCAUUUUAUUCUACUUGAUGAUAAAUGUGGUCCGAAUGAUGAAACUUGGAGACGAUACGGAUUUCCAGUUCGAGCCGAUCUCACUAUUCAGUUGCGUGCUGAAAUUGAACAGGAAGCUCGUUGUAGCUCUCAUUAUAGACACAGCAAUAUCGAUAUCUAUGGUACUAUUGAGAAUUUUCCCGGGCAUAUCACUAAACCAAAUGGAUUUGUUGUCUUCAAUGGAGACGAUGUUAUUAGACAAAAUGGUUAUAUAAAACAAGUUUCUAUUCAUUUUUCGAAUUCUCACAGUCCAUCAGUGGCAACGGACACAUCAAAUCAUGUAGUUCUAUAUAUUAUUUCGCCCACAUCCGAGACAGAUUGUUUUCAAGUAGUCGAUGCAUUAGAGACAGACGUUCAGGAUUAUCAAUAUGAUAAAAACAAACUAACAAUUCAUAUGUACAAGUAUGCUGUCUAUGUCGAGCAAGGUCAAUAUUUGGCUAUUGGCUUUGAUAAGAAUUCACGUUCUCCAAGUUCUUUGGGUGAUUUGAGUUCGUGUUAUACACUUGAUAUUGAUGCAGUUAAUCGAGUUUAUAUGAACGAAACUUCCAUUAAAUUUCAAUGGAGUCAUGAACGAGUAGCAAUUAGUUUUCAAAUAAUUUUAACUUCAGGUAGGAUUAUACUCUUCCAUAAUGAAUAA